UCUGGUGUCAUGUAUCCAGAUCGCGUGUUUGUUGGCUUGGAGUUGUCUGGCAGCUCUGUCUCCUGCCCUGAUUAGAAGGCCAGUGUAGGCUCAAGGCUGGAGGGAGCGGUGAGGACGAUGUAGUCCGUCAUGUUAUAUGAGAUCCCCCACAUGAUCUGAUCUCUCUCCGCACAAGGAGCUCGCCCUUCCCCCGGCCAUCCAGCAGCGGCAGCCAGAGGGAGGAGGGCAGGAAGAAGGUUGGGAGGAGGGAAGGAGCCAUGGAAGAGAUCUCAGCCCUGGAGAAGAAUGUGGCCGAGCUGACGGUCAUGGAUGUGUAUGACAUCGCCUCUGCGGUUGGCCAGGAGUUUGAGAGGGUCAUUGAUCAGUAUGGCUGCGAGGCCAUAGGCAGGCUGAUGCCCAAAGUGGUGAGGGUGCUGGAGAUCCUGGAAGUCCUGGUCAGCAGGAACAUCAACCCAGAGAUGGAAGAGCUCAGACUGGAGCUGGACAGGCUGAGACUGGAGAGGAUGGACAGGAUAGAGAAGGAGAAGAAACACCAGAAGGAACUGGAACUGGUAGAAGAUGUAUGGAGAGGCGAAGCGCAAGACCUCCUGGGCCAAAUAGCUCAGCUACAAGAAGAAAACCAACACCUACUAUCAAACCGGUCCUCAAAAGAUGUCACUUUAACUGAGGAGGAGUUUCAGAGGCAUGAAGGCAUGUCUGAGAGGGAAAGGCAAGUGAUGAAAAAAUUAAAGGAGGUGGUGGAUAAACAGAGAGAUGAAAUAAGAGCAAAAGACAGAGAGCUUGUACUUAAAAAUGAGGAUGUAGAAGCGUUGCAGCAACAGCAAAGUCGACUCAUUAAGAUUAACCAUGACCUGCGACACCGCACCACAGUGGUAGAGGCACAAGGGAAGUCGCUAAUAGAACAGAAGGUGGAGCUGGAAGCAUAUCUUCAAGCAAAGGAACAAGAGGCCACUAACAUGAAACUGGAAAUUGGAAAGCUAAGAGAGAGACUGAGAGGAGAGCAGCUGCAGAACGGAGAAGAGAAAAAAGAUCAGGCUGAAGCCAUAAUUGAAGACCCCAUCUUUGAUUCAGACAAAACGCUGUUUGACCUUAAAGAUUCAAAUCGGCCCAGGUUUACAUUGCAAGAGCUGCGGGAUGUUUUACAUGAGAGGAAUGAGCUGAAAGCCAAGGUUUUCAUGCUACAAGAGGAAAUUGCUUACUAUAAAAGCGAAGAAGCAGAUGAGGAAACCAAGCUUCCACAAACAUCACCCAUUAUUCAUUCCAGAGCACCCAACCCACAGGAAUCUGGCAUCAAAAGACUCAAUGGUUUCCACCCAGCAUACAAUUAUUUGAUUAUUUUCACAUCAUGGCUUGUCUGUCUCCUCUCCAUGAUGGUAUUUUCCAGAUUUAGUUUUUUCUCAAGGGAUAAAAAGCGGAUGCCCCUACAACAGAAAAGCGCCAGCUUCCAGGAAUCCUUUGGUGUUUGGUCAGAUUUCAACCGAGAUGAUUGUUACACAGAACAAGGCCAGGAGGCUUUACAGCACAUGUGACUGAACCAAACUCUCAAUAUUGCACACUGAAUAGCUGAUAAACAUUUUUCUUCUUUUGCUCUGCCUGCCUGAAAACAUUUUACUUUGUGAAAGUCACACAUGACAUACUGCACAAGCUAAAGAAGACGACAAAAACAGAGUCACCUGCAGGUGGGUAGCAAGAGAAAAAAAAAAUGGACUGCCAUUCUUCAGGUUUCAGAAAUUUACCAACCCAGCAAUGAUAUUUGAUUUUAUCGUGCACUAGGGGGAGGUUAAAAAAACACUGAAUUCUUCAAUCUCAUGGGACUCUAAUUCUGUCCCCGUUUACGGAUUAUUAUGACGCAAUUAAAGCAGUCUUGUCUGUAA